AAACAAUAACACAUUGUAUUGUAUAUACUGAACAAGUCUGAUACUGCGAGUGGAUCAUCGCAAUACUGUAUGUACUAUAUAGAGAACAUUACGAGUACUACUAUAAGAAAGGAUGGGUGUGAGAAACAGAGUGGCCAAGAAGAAACCCGGGGUUAAAAUCCCCACUAUAAAGUCUGCGGCACAGAUAGCACUGGAAGCCACCAAACAUAAACCACAAAACAGGAUACAACCUGGAACACAACUGAAGUUACAGCCGAGUAUGGGCAGUAAAAAAAGGCUCGUAUCACAGAUAGCAGGUGGUACACAGUCGAAAGCAGUUGAUACAAAGCGCACCAAAAUGAGCUUGAGUGGGAAUGUUGUGAGCGGGGUCGAGAAGACUGAUAUAGCCUCAGUGAAGAAGGCAGUAAAUGGGGAUGUGAAGACAACAUCUCCCGAAAAUACGACGGUACAAACAAAAGUGUACACAUAUCAUAAAGAACGCUGA